AUGAUGUUUCACUCGAGGACAGAGUUAUUCACAUCAUGUGGGACGUGUACAGAAGGCCUUGCGGUAGCUACUUGCGCAGCACAAGAAAAGCAUAGCAGCCAGGUUCCAUUCCGGCAUGCUGCUCAAAUCAUGGGCUGCUGCCUAACGAAUCACGAACCGCCCAAGUGUGUGGCAGACAACAACUGUUUCCGUGGAUGGCUUGCGUUCGACCGGUGCGUUGAAUUGCUGGAUAUCUUGUCCACCUGGGCAUAUUGUCGGGCAGCCUACCAAAGGAUGGUGGACGACAACGUCGGGGAACCAAAGGGUGAAAUUUGGGUUCUCUCGGUGAUCAUCCUGCUCGUGUCCUGGUUCUACACCUUUCUCUUUCAUGCCUUCUUCUUGUGCAAGAAGAGCCGGCUUUGCCAAGCCUCCGCCUGCUUCCUUUGUUUUCUGACGCCACUUCUUGUCUUCUUAUGUGUGGGCCUCUUGGAGUUUACCCCUGCGACCUAUGCGACCCUCGGCUGGCUCUCCCUGGCUUGCCUGCUUCUGGGAUCCGCGGGGUUGUUUCUAAUCGCCACGACCGGCACAAGAAUGCAUGGGGAGGUGCGCGAUUCAGCCGGCCUCGAUAUCCCAAUACUAAGCUUUCUCUGGGUCUGCUUUAUGCACACUCCCAAGCUGAAGGGGGCUACCGAGUUCCGUGGAAAGAACGCAUACAGCGAGAUGUUGCGAAUGGCACAAGAUGUCCCUUGCAUAUUGAUCAGCUUCAUUGACGUCAACGUCUUCGGUUUCAGCUGGUACGCAGUGCUAAAUCUCAGUUCCAGCUUUCUUGCUCUGCUGUUGUACCUAUACACGCUCGUUGAGAAGUGGGUGCCGCCCCCUCUUGGACAUCGCCAAAUCAAAUUCUUCGGAGCUGUUUUGCCAUCCUGA